UUAGCACAAAAUUCUGUACACUCACCAGUCACAACCAGUAGGAAACUGUGGCUGCAGUCCAGCCUCCCUGCUCUCCAAAUUUCAAACAUGGCCAUCUCUUCUCUGCGUCUCCCGUUCUCGCUGUGGCUUCCAAGACUACCAAUUCAGAGCUUCCGUUUCUCAAAACCAAUUUUACCCCUAAGAUUGAACCUUAUUUACUGCUCCUCCUCUAUCUCCUCUACUGCUCAACAAACCUCAACCCACCUUGACAAAUGGCAAUCCGUUCGAAAGAAGAAAGUGGUUCUCCGGGUCGGGUACGUCGGCUCCGAUUACCGAGGCUUGCAAAUGCAACGAGACGAACAUUCAUUAUCUACUAUUGAAAAAGAACUGGAAACGGCCAUAUUCAAUGCCGGCGGUAUCCGCGAUAGUAAUCUCGGGAACCUUAACAAGAUUGCCUGGGCCAGAAGUAGCCGAACAGAUAAAGGAGUUCACUCAUUAGCGACGAUGAUAUCAUUUAAAAUGGAAAUCCCGGAGAAAGCAUGGGAUGGAGACCCUUAUGGCGUUGCCCUUGUGAAUCACAUUAACUAUUAUCUUCCUCAUAAUAUCAAAGUUUUUAGCAUUUUGCCUGCACAGAGGAGCUUUGAUCCUAGAAAGGAGUGUAAUCUCCGCAUGUAUUCAGUCCUCCCCCAUGCUGAUGUUAUUGGAAUCAAAAGCCACUUCAGCGCAGCAGAAAUUGAUUAUCACAUCUCAGACUUCAAUAGUAUACUAAAUUGUUUCGAGGGAGAGCAUCCUUUUCAUAAUUAUACCAUACGAUCUAAAUACAGGAGGAAGCUUCCUGUAAAAAAAUCACGUAGACAUGGAAGUGUGUCAAUAACAGGGAGAUCAACUGGAGAGGCAUCAGCCUCUGAGUAUGAGGAAAGUGAUGUGGAUGAAAAUUUGGAUGGAACAAAGACACCAGAAUCAGAUGCCGAGGUACUGAACCAAAAUUCUUCACCGUCUAGCAAUAGUGAGGGCAACUUACGCAAUGCUUGCGAGAAGCAGGGAGAUGGUGGCAACGAUCAAAGUGCUGGUUCAGUCAUCCGUGCAAGAUGGUUAUAUGAACCUGAUGAAAGAGAUAGAAUAAGUGCUUCUCAUUUCAGAAAGAUUUUUCGCUGUUCUUGUGGGAAGCUAGAGAAGUCGCUUGGACAUGAUUAUGUUGAGCUUUCCAUUUCGGGAGAGUCUUUCAUGUUACAUCAAAUUCGCAAAAUGAUUGGAACUGCCGUGGCCAUAAAGCGCAAGUUACUCCCAAGAGAUAUUUUGACAUUAUCACUGGCCAUGUUCUCACGGAUAAUCCUACCACUUGCCCCAUCUGAAGUUUUGUUUUUAAGAGGAAACAGAUUUUCAAUCAGAGGACGACCUGGAAAUGUAACAAGGCCUGAAAUGAUGGCAAUGGUUGAAUCAGAAGAAAUUAUUAAGGCUGUUGACGAGUUCUACACAUCUGUUAUGUUGCCUGAAGUUUCAAAGUUCUUAGAACCUUCAGGAUAUCCUUGGAAAGAAUGGGUUGAAAACUUAGAUAGAAACACAGGCAUUCCCUGAUGCAGAAUUGGAUGAAGUCAGGAAUGCUUGGAAAGUGUGGAAGGAAAAGUUUGAGAGUGUUGCACCAGUCCUAAACCAAUGAGACAAGGUAGAUGCUGAUGAUUGCACUGGAUAUGUUUUUCAUGGCAUGGUUACCAACUUAUUUGUCCGUUGAAAAUACUUCGAGGUAAUACAAGCUCAAAUGGGAGAGGUGUAAAGGACCGUAAAUUCCAUCCAAGGAAGCCCUGGUUAUUCACUGCUGGUGCUGACUUUUUAGGUGGAUCUUCAGGUGUUGAUCAGACUUUAUUUCCAUGGGGAGAGAAGAAAGGAAACCAAACUGCCUUUAGUAGGUCAUACGGCACAUUUAUGGAUCUCAUUAGUUGGGUCUGGAUUUCCUGUGCUUUAAAAUAUGUUCUUGAGUUGUUGAAUUUUUGUACGUCUCAUCUGCUCACAACUGUUUCUUUCAUAAUUUUGACAUUAUACAACUAAUCUGUUUUUUCUUUCU